AUGGCUGAAUCUACCCGACAAUCCAUGCUGGAGACUGCUACCAACACAGGUUUACCCAUCAGAACCGCCAUCCCUCUUCCUGACGUCAGGUCAACCAUGAAUGGAACAGGUACAGCUCCCCCUCGUACCGACCCAACCCGGACUAGUGGAAGACCAAAUUCAUCUAACACACGUCCCGAGACUUUUCAACCUACACAGUCUCGUCGAACCAGAGAUAAUCCUAACUCUUCAAGAUCUACAGCUAGACAGGAGCAGUCGGAAUUGUUUGAUGUUCCCGAAAGUCGAAACACUAGAACUUCCACCAAGACAAAGAAGACUACGAAGAAGACUAAGACCAAUGAUAUAGAAGGGUCCGUCCCCACAGCCACAGCGGCUUCAGGGGUCCCCUAUCCCCGAACUUCGACUCGACCCAGCAUGCCAACUAGCCAAGGAGGAUAUCCUGGGUAUUCUACAACUACAAGUGGUCCAACUCGACCUGCACAGCCCACAGCCUCUCGAAAUUCCACUGAUUAUAUUAAUGGUCCCAGGGAGGAGCGUCCUACUCGUUCUCGAAAACCAACCGCUGCAAGGGAAAGUGAGACGUCCCAAAUCCCAACGCCUAGGUCACAUGGUUUACAUGAUCCUACCUCCAGCCAGCCUGAAAGUAAGAAGAAGAAACAUGGUUCUCAUCAUGGAACUAAAUCCUCUGCACAUCCCAGCUUAGCUGAAUUUUGCUUUCCCUCAUCGAAAGGGACUUUCAACAGCGACUUUUCACCUCGAUACCGUGGCUGUUUUAUGAGGAAGUGA